GGGGAACCAAGAACGUGCGUCAUUUCGCUCGUAAAUUCUCCAGUUGGACUACGAAUCUGAACCGGUCCGCUCUUUGCAGCCGUUACGAUAAAACUAGUGAUUUCUAAUUAGUUUGCUGUUUUAGAGAAUUUAACAAGUGCGAAUAGUGUUGUUUGUGAGGUUAGGUUUGCACGAUGUCUCGGCGAUCAGCCUACGGAGGCCGCCUCGACUACUCUCCGCCGCCACCAACUAACUGCGCCAAGUUCCUUUAUUACACCUGGCGGCUAUGCUCAGUAGUAUUCUCACACUUCGUGAUGAUCAGUCUCGUCGUCGCCUACUGCAUUCUCGGUGCCGUCACCUUUGAGCGUCUGGAGUCCCAGCACGAGAGAGAUGUCAAGAAGAACAUAUCCCAGAUCCGCGCCAAUACGACGUACAGCAUCUGGCAAAUGACCAACCGCGUCUCCUACCUCAGCCAGACAAACUGGACUUCAGACGUUUUAGACAUGCUCAAGGAGUUCGAGAACGCGAUUCUAUUGGAAAUGAAGGUGCGCGGAUGGGACGGCAGCGAAAGUCCCGACCGCCUGCAGUGGACCUUCACCGGCGCGCUCUUCUACUCUAUCGUCGUCAUCACCACUAUCGGGUAUGGGCACAUCGCACCAAAGACACAGAGUGGCAAGGUGGUGACAAUCUUCUAUGCGAUCCUCGGCAUUCCGCUGAUGCUGCUCUGCCUCUCAAACAUCGGAGACGUCAUGGCAUCCUUUUUUCGUUUUUUAUAUUGGCGCGUAUGUUGUUACGUGUGUACUCGGCCACCUAAGGAGCGACCGCGACACCGCAGACGGGCCGCACGGGGCUCCAUGCGCCGCCGCCCCGUAGAGCGCUCGAACUCCGACAGUGGCCCCCGUAGCCGUGCCCACGCGCCGCUUCGCCUGAACCGUCCGCAGCCUCCGCGUCCCUACGACGACGACGAAGAAUUCCCGAGGAUAUCUUUACCACUGCAAGAUUUGCAAGCGGCUUUACACGAUUUAGAUAAAUAUCAAAAAAGAGCUUGCGAAGGAGAAGUGAGCAAUAAGUCGUCCCCGCGAGGGGGCGGCGGCGAUGGCAACCGUUACCACUGGAGGGAGUUUGGUCGCGAUCUAGACUCACCUGACAUUGCUGAGCUGCCCGACUUGCCCGGGCCAUCGCACGUUGCCAGAUGCGAUCGCGGGAGAUCGGAGUAUUUCUCGCGUGAACGAGACGAAUAUCCAAUCGACCGACUGAGGGAGAGAAGAGCUCGCAGUGCCUUCUAUGAAUACGAGAGACGUGCAGGCAGUCCCUCGCGGCGUGCGGCCACCUCAGUGCAGAGAGCGGACAGCCCGGGACGCCGACGGCUAAGGCGGUUACAGACGCUAGAAGACUCUAGAGCGCCUAGAUAUUAUUCACCUUCCCCGGACAGAGACGAGUGGAGCGACGAAGGUCCCACCUUGCGACUACCUCGAUCAGGCUGGGGCUCUCGCCAAUCGGAUUUGGUUUCCGCACGAGAAGAGACAAAGCCGGUGCCGAUCUGGCUGUGCGUGCUGCUGGUGUCGUCGUACAUAGUUGCGGGCACGUUCCUCUUCAAGCGUUGGGAGGGCUGGGCCUAUUUGGACGCCGCUUACUUCUGCUUUAUAACCCUCACCACGAUCGGGUUCGGUGACUUUGUCCCGGCACAGGGCGCGGCGGCUUCAGCAUCGGCAGCGUCGGACGCCGUCCACUCCAUAGCCUUGUGUUCGUUGUACCUGCUGUUUGGCAUUGCGCUAUUGGCGAUGUCCUUCAACUUAGUGCAGGAGCAGGUGCGCGCCAACGUGGCCGCUCUCGCCACGCGGCUUGGCAUCAUUAAGCCGCGCGAUACAGACUACUGAAAAACACUUGAUUUCGUCAUGUAUAUGGCGGGAAGGUGGACGCAGUUUCCACACUUGGUCCGUACACAAGCACAUUUGGUCCGUAGUCUGCGUUAAACAGUGUUGAGUUGUUGUCAUCCCUAUGUAUACGUUAUUUUAUUAAAUA